AUGGGCAAUCUCGACUGGGAGACAUUCGUAUUGACACAAGCUUCUCACGUUCCCCUAGUACUACUCGGGAUUUCCUUGCAGAGCCAAUGCCCAGGGACAGAUAUUCCAGGGCAAGCCAUACAUCGCGUGUCCGAGAUGUUACUUGGAUUUCGGCCUCUCAGCCAUCCCAGUACCCUGCAACCCAAACCCCUCCGACCCCUCACUGGCAACAUUCCACUCCUGUUAUGCGUCCAGCACUUCAUACAGCGCAGCCCACUCUGUCAGACUUCGGAGUACGAGUACAUGACUGUUGGCAUCGACGACACAGGUGCCGAUGAGGAGAAUGGAUAUGGGUCUUCAGAGGGACAUGAGAGGAAGCCUCAGGGCAAGAAGAAGUUUUACGGCGGGUUCAUGAAUGGGUUGAAAAGAAUCUCGCUCGUACACCGACAAGUGCUAGCAAAUAAUGUGCCCCAGGUCGAGAGAGUUGACACGCCUCCGUCCGACAUGCUAUCUCCCGCAAAACCAAACAUUCUGUUUGAUGCUGAUACACGCACAUCCAUUGCGGAUACAAGGCGUGACCGGACAUUGUCGGCUGUCAACGAGUUGUACGAACCUAGUCGCUCGCAUGCUACUGCGACUCCUGUCCUUGUGGAGCCUCGGCCUGCAGAGGAUUUUGCAAAGAUGGAGUCUCCUAUCCGCCCCCCACCAGAGGAAUCCAUUGCCUCUCAAGUGGCGCGUAUUCGGCGAUUCAUGCGGGACCUUAGCAGCCUUCCAUGGAUUUCUCCGGCUCGUAUCUCGAAUGAAUAUGUUCCCGGACAGAGUGAUCGGAGGAGGCACAGCCGUCAACGGUACUCCAAGACAUCAAAGAGUUGGUAUUCCCAGCGAAACAGAGGAACCUUGGACUUGCUUUCAGGCCGCAUUCCACAUCAUGUCCAGAACUCGCCUGCUCCAGCUCCGAGACCGCAGUUCUCUGGCGGGCGGUCCAGAUCGCCUUCUUCGGAUGGUGCUCCAUCGUCAGACAGUACUAGCAACCCACAAUACUCCGGGCCAUUAUACCCAGCGUCACGGUCGCCUCUGCGGCACAAUGGAACCCCGAGGACGCCUGUGUUGUGA